UCUCUAGCCGGGACAGGAGGCGGAUGUGACGUUUUGUGUACAUCAGGCCUAAAGAUUGGUGUCCCAAGUUGUGCGUGUGUUUUCAGUCAUUUGGCUGCACACCUCUAUUUAUUACAAUAAAAUGCAAAAUAAAAUAUGAAAGACGCUUUAAAGCAGUGACUACGUGCCUCGUCGAAAUGAUCCCUAUCUCGGUGGUGGUGUUUGUGCUGGGAGGGUGGUGUCUGCUUUAUCUCGUCGACACUUUACUGAAGUCCUCCAGCAGUGUGAAGACCUCGUAUGAAGACUGGCUGUCCUCCAAUGGGCUGGCUUUGUCCCCCUUCCACAUCAGGUGGCAGACUGGCCUAUUGAACCACUUCUUUGCCAAGUGGGGAAGAUGGAACCCCCAGUUUCUGUACCGUUGGUUCAACCUGGGCAUGAUCUUCGGUGUGGUAGCCAUGUUCGGCUCCAUCGUCCUCCUGACCAAGACUCUGCUGCAGACCCUGGCUCAGAUGCUCUCCGAGAGCCCAGAGGGCUCCAAUGAGCAGAUGCUGCAGGUGGUGGUGCCUGGUGUCAACCUGCCUGUCAGUCAGCUGGCAUACUUUUUCAUUGCCAUUCUCAUCAGUGGUGUCAUACAUGAGUUUGGCCACGGGGUGGCAGCAAUCAGAGAGCAGGUGAGGUUUAAUGGCUUUGGGAUGUUUAUCUUUAUCAUCUAUCCUGGUGCGUUUGUAGACCUCUUUACAACACACCUGCAGCUCAUUUCUCCAGUCCAGCAGCUCCGGAUAUUCUGUGCAGGGGUCUGGCACAACUUCGUCCUGUGUGUGGCUGCGCUGGCCUUCCUCCUCCUCCUGCCCCUCUUCCUCUUUCCGUUCUACUACACUGGGGCCGGCGCUCUCAUCACAGAGGUUGUUGAGGACUCCCCGGCCAGCGGGCCGCGCGGGCUGUUCGUGGGCGACCUCGUGACGUGGCUGGAGGACUGUCCCGUGCGCAGCGUGGAUGACUGGCACGCCUGCGUCAGGGAGAUCUCCCACCGAGCCCAGGCUGGCUACUGCGUCAAUGCCGCCACGCUGCAGGACACGCGUGCCGGCGGCAGAGGAUACAGGAGGCUGGAUGGAACCAUUGAGUGCUGCAGCAACAACAGCCUUACUGACAUCUGCUUCUCCUACAGCAACAACCUGGAGAGUCGUCUGUAUGCCUGCCUGCCAGCCAGGAAAACCAUUGAAUUCAGCCAGACAUGUCACACCAACAUGGACUGCCAGAAGGACUUCGUACCCAGCCUGUGCGCGGUCCCCUCCUUGGAGAACCAGACCCGGCUCAUUCGGGUCAAGCACCAGCCGCAGCUGGACAUGCUGUUCGUGGGGUACCCCCUGCACCUCCAGUAUGCCGUGAGUCUUACCAACUUUGUACCAAGAUACGGGUUUCUUCAUUUUGACCUGCCUGUGGUUAUCGAGACGUUUUGCAAGUACCUGGUGUCUCUCUCGGGUGCGCUGGCCGUGAUCAACGCCGUGCCCUGCUUCGCUCUGGAUGGCCAGUGGAUGCUGCACUCGCUCCUGGAGGCCACCCUGAGCUCCCUCAUCCUCGAGAAGCACAACCGGGAGCUGCUGGGCUUCUUCAUCCUGCUGGGCGGCAGCGCCCUGCUCGCGUCCAACGUCGCCCUUGGCCUCUGGAUGGUGACGGCGCGGUAGCAUUCAGGGUGGGGUGGGGAGAAUCCAGCCUGCUCUCUUUCUGUUCUGCUGCCCUUGAACAGCAGUUUUACUCUUGAUGGUGUGUGACUGCGGCUGAGAGCGGGGACCGACGCCGCCCCAGCCGUCCCUCGCUCGCUCAGGAUAGUAAAGAGCAGGGAACUCUUCAGCCAGGGAGGCCCAUCAUUCUGACAUUCCCAGCAUGCCUCUCAGCCAGCUGACUGGUUCCCAUGCCAGCCUUAUGCACAGCUCUGCUGAGCCUCAUGGUUUCAUUCCAGGUCCUUCUCAUCACUGUUUCAUAUGGAGGCCAAAGGCCACCUCCAGCCUGUCUGAUCAGAGCCUGAGGAAUUCUGAAAAACAGGUCUUUGUUGGAAGGUUUAAAUCCCACCUUCCACAAAGGCUGUGAUCAUGUGCACUGUGUUUUUGUGAUUUUACAUUUUUAUUAUUUUAUAAUGGGGAUGAUCAGUAUCUUCCCAAUGUUUUUUUUUUUUACAUUUCCCACCUUUUCUUGUUAGUGUUCUGUCUAGUGAAUAAAAGUCGUUAUUGAUGCUGCAGCAUAGACUAACUGUGCCCAGCCACCAGUCUCAAUAGUAAUGAAGGAAGCCGUGUCUGGCUUAAUAACUUUUUAACGAUAGUCUGAACCAGAGGUCCAGGACUCGGCUGAUGGAGUAACUGUGAAAACAGUUGAGUAUUGCCAUUCUCCAGUGCUUGCUAAGCAUGGAUUGAUUUUCUUUUUAAAUAUUCCUGUGAUGGUAGUUAACAGUAUUUGGAUACAUGAGCAUAUUUCCUUUUGGGAUCCACUACUAGGAAGAAUGUAGUGUUUAAAAACUAGCAAGUCUAAUACCAAAGGUUUUUCAAAUAAAAUAAACCACAGCAAUAUUCCUUAAAAGAAAUCUAUUAUGUUUAAAGUGGUUAUCUAUCAAAUAUUAAAUCUAACAGUUAAGGGCAUGCGUGAUAGUUCUUCUUCUACUUUGUGUUGUGUUAAGAGAACUGAAAUGAGCAGUGUUUAUUCUGUACAGUAAAUUCUCUUUUUUCAAGUA